AUGGUACAUAGAUUAAAUAAUAAAAUGAAAAGUAUUGAUAGUUCAGAUAUUAAUAAUACGUCAUUGCAUACACCAAAUAAAGAUACUAACAGAGGUGAAGAUGCAUCCUGGAAGGUUUUAAAAAAUAAAUUUCUAUUCAAAUUAAUAUUUUCAAAUUUCAAAUUCAAAGAGUUAUUCAUCUAUGAUGAUUUAUAUGGUUUAUUAGAUUUCUUUAUCAAGUUUAGUAAUGGUGAUGCAAUUAUUAGAGAUAAAAUAAAAGUAGAAAUUAUUACUGAUAGUUCAGACUUUAUUUUUGGCAAUAUCACCAAAAAUAUAAUAAAGUUUUUAAAAAUAAUGAUCGAAUCGAAAAACCUAAUAUAUAUCCCAAAUAGAAAGCGGAUUGAAGAGGCCAUUAUUUCAAGCAAUAUUUUAGAACUAAUUGAUUUAAUGGUGGAGAAUCAUUAA